UGUUUCUCCAUUUGCAAGGAAAAUAACCCAAAAAUAGUGAGAAAAGGAACAGACCAAAGCUCAAACACCCAGACUUUGCACGACUCCAUCGACAAGAAGCAAAAAAAUAAAGAGCAAAUUUUUAAAAAGAAACGCGUUUUUCUUCUCCAAAGACCCCCUCUUCUUUUCUCUCCCGUUGUUUAAGAAAAACAAAAUACUUUUUUCCUUUGGGGGUGAAAGGAGUGAGUGGCUUUUGGUGGACUUUUUGAAGCUCAGAGAGAAUUCUUUUUGUUGUUCUUGUUGGGUUCGUUUUUGUUUUCUUGGGAAACAAAUAUGAGAUGUCAUUUGUUGUGCAAAGGUUUGGUCUUGUUUUUGUUUGUCUUCUGCUUAGUUUCAGGGGAGUUGUUGGUUCCUGAGAGAAGGAUCCUGUUGGAGUUCAAAACCUCUGUUUUUGACCCUUCUGGGAUACUUUCAAGCUGGGACCUUUCGAAGAACCCAAACCACUGCUCUUGGCAUGGAGUUUCAUGCAAUUCAAGGUCUCAGGUCAUCUCCAUUAAUAUUGCUGGUGGUGGUUGUUGUGAAGGUAACUUUACUCCACCUUGUUCUCCUUCUUCAAAGCUUCUUCCAUUUUAUGGUUUUGGAUUUAGAAGAAGAGCAUGUUCAAGGGGGAAAUUAGUGGGAUACUUGUCACCUUUGAUUGGGAAACUUACUGAACUUAGAGUUCUCUCUCUUGCUUUUAAAGACAUUGGCGGUGAGAUUCCUUUAGAAUUAUGGGGUUUAGAGAAAUUAGAACAACUUGAUCUUGAAGGGAAUUCAUUUACUGGGAAGUUGCCUGAUGAAAUUGUGGGGCUGAGGAAUUUGCGGGUUUUGAAUCUCGGGUUUAAUGCACUAGAAGGGGAGAUCCCAGGGUCUUUGUCAAAAUUUGUGGAUUUGGAGGUUUUGAAUUUAGCUGGGAAUAAGCUGAAGGGGUCUAUCCCUGAUUAUUUUGGUAGUUUCUAUUAUUUGAAAGGACUUCAUUUGUCUAAUAAUCAGCUAAACGGUUCGAUUCUUGAUUUUUUUGGAAGUAAUUGUCGGUAUCUAGAGCAUCUUGAUCUGUCUGGCAAUUUCCUAGUUGGGCAUAUACCCGGUAGUUUGGGGAAUUGUCGGCAGUUACGGACUCUUGUUUUGUUUUCCAACAUGUUGGAUGGUGUUAUUCCUAAUGAGCUUGGCCAGAUGCAUGAGCUUGAGGUUCUUGAUGUUGCUAGGAACAAUCUUAGCGGUUUUAUCCCCACAGAGCUUGGAGAUUGUGUUCGGUUGUCCAUUCUUGUCCUCUCUAAUCUUUUCGAUCCCUUGCUGAGUGGGCAGAAUUCAAAUGAAGAGCUGUCAUUUAGACUGCCACAUUCUAAUACCGAUGAGUAUAAUAGUUUCCAAGGCUCCAUUCCAAUGGGAAUCACAACCCUUCCAAAGCUUAAAGUUCUUUGGGCGCUCAGGGCGAAUCUUGAGGGUAAGUUACCAAGAAAUUGGGGUGGUUGCGAGAACUUGGAAAUCAUAAACUUAGCUCAGAACCACUUUGAUGGGGAUGUCUUUGGAGUGUUCAAUGGAUGCAAGAAACUAAGUCAUCUAGAUUUGAGCUCGAACAGGCUAACUGGGGAGCUUGAUGAGCAGCUUCAAGUUCCUUGUAUGACACUCUUUGAUAUCAGUGGAAAUCUCAUGUCAGGAUCAAUCCCCAGGUUCAAUUACCGUGCCUGCCCUGGUAUUUUAUCCUCUAGUUUUGAACUUCUCCAACCCCAUGAUCCGCCAUCUGCUUAUCUGUCAUUCUUUACAUGUAAAACACGCCUCAAAACAAUUUUGCCAUUUCAGGGUUCGAAAGCUGUGUUGAUUCACAAUUUUGGUGGAAAUAACUUCUCUGGUUCACUCCCAUGGCUACCAAUUGCACCAGCAAGAUUCGUUAAGCAGAUUGAAUAUGCUUUUCUUACUGGUGGAAACAAUCUCACUGGAUCAUUUCCGGGAAGUUUAUUUGUAAACUGUAAUAAGCUCCAUGGGAUGAUAGUCAAUGUUAGCAAUAACAGAUUGUCUGGUCAUAUUCCAUCAAGAAUUGGUGUAAUUUGCAGGUCCCUUAAAUUUUUGGAUGUCUCUAAGAAUCAGAUUGAAGGAAUUGUUCCCCAAAGUUUCAGGGACUUGAAGUCCCUUGUUUUACUUGACCUAAGUGGAAACAAACUUAGAGGUCUGGUACCCAAAGGGCUCUAUCAGUUGAAAAAUCUCAAACACCUUUCCUUGGGGAGUAACAACCUGAGUGGUGCUAUUCCUUCGAGCUUUGGACAGUUUCGUUCCCUUGAAGUGUCAGAACUUUCAUCAAAGUCACUAGCUGUACGAUCCGCUGAUAUGACGAUCAACACUGAAGAUUCACAAAAUGAAGUAGCUUCUUCUUUGGGUAACAGAACUGUCAAUAAAAGCUUAGGUCCCAUUGAGAUCGCAUCCAUAGCAUGUGCCUCGGCCAUUGUUUCAGUUCUUCUAGUUCUAGCUGUCCUCUUCUUUUACACCAGGAAACGGGUCCCAAAGUCCAGGGUUCAGGUUUCUGAAUCAAGGGAAAUUACAGCUUUCGUCAACAUUGGGGUUCCAUUGACGUAUGAAACUAUAGUCCAAGCAACUGGGAAUUUCAGUGCUGGCAAAUGCAUAGGAAUUGGUGGUUUUGGUGCCACUUACAGGGCUGAAAUAGCUCCAGGAAUCUCAGUGGCAGUCAAGAGGCUUGCUGUUGGAAGGUUUCAGGGUAUCCAGCAAUUCCAUGCCGAGGUAAAGACCCUUGAGACAAUGAGGCACCCUAAUCUUGUAACUCUUGUAGGGUACCAUGCCAGUGAAACGGAUAUGUUUCUCUUAUAUAAUUACUUACCAGGUGGUAAUUUAGAAAAUUUUAUUAGGGAAAGAUCCACUAGAGCUGUAGAUUGGAAAAUUAUUCACAAGAUUGCUCUCGAUAUAGCCCAUGCACUUGCUUAUCUGCAUGACGAAUGCACCCCGAAAGUGCUACACCGGGAUGUCAAGCCGAGUAACAUAUUGUUGGACAAUGAUUGUAAUGCUUAUCUGUCUGACUUUGGAUUAUCAAGGCUUCUGGGUACAUCUGAAACCCAUGCAACAACCGGUGUAGCUGGCACAUUCGGAUAUGUUGCACCCGAGUAUGCCAUGACCUGUCGUGUAUCCGAGAAGGCUGAUGUUUACAGCUAUGGUAUCGUGUUGCUUGAGUUGAUAUCAGAUAAGAAGGCUUUGGAUCCUUCAUUCUCCUCACAAGCAAAUGGUUUCAAUAUUGUCUCUUGGGCCCGCAUGCUGCUUCAACAGGGUCAAGCAAAGGAUGUUUUCACUUUAAGGUUAAGGGAUGCAGGUCCUCAUCAUGAUCUGGUAGAACUGCUGCACUUGGCCGUCACAUGUACAGUCGAUAGCCUCUCGACCAGACCAACCAUGAGGCAAGUUGUCCGAAGGUUGAAACGAAUUCAACCUUCUUCAGUUCAUUAAUAUGGUUUCUAGGUGCAUGACUUGAUCUAGAAGGAACAGCUCAAAGUGUACAAAUCAUAACAAACUUUGCAUAUCUAAUGUUGACUGAGGCAGGUUUAGUAUCACAGUAUAAUCUUUUCCUCAUA